CCCUUCUCCCUUCUCCUUUCCCCUCCACUUUCCUCUUUUCCUUACCUUCCUCUCCUUUCUUCUUUCCUUCCCCAAAUUCCAACACCAUGGCCAGUGCUUAUCACUGGGAAGCCCGGAGAAGACAGAUGGCUCUAGACCGGAGAAGACACUACCAGCUUCAACAGGAAAUGAAGAACAAAAAGAUAGAGAAUGACCUGGAGGAACAAAGAUACUGCAUGGGGCUUGAACCCUAUCAGCGGUAUCACUCUCUGAGCCCUGAGCGCGAAUACGUGUAUGGCGACAGGAGCCCGGAGACCUCCCAUCGGAACCUGGGGGCGUACAUCACUGGAGAAUCUCCAGAAGACUCAAGAGGCGGCUACGUGUUUCCUGAACUCCCGACGGUGGGCCACUGCAUGUGCCAAUGCCAGUGUCACUUCCAAGGUCAGGGCCACCAUCAGAGCAGGAGCCACGUCCAGGAUGAAGAACAGGACGAGGAGCAGGAUGAAGUCCAGGACUUGGGCCAGAGCAAGAGUCGGGACCGGAACCGAGACCGGGACCUAUGCCAGAGCAAAAGCCAGCGCCACACCAAGAGCCAGAUCCGGGACCGGGAACAGAGCAAGAGCCAGCGCCAGAGCAAAGACCAAGGUCACACUGGACACCAUACUGGUCACCACCAUCACAAAAUUCAUACCUUGGGUUACCAGCAAGCUGCUCAUCACUCCCAAGAGCCCAGACACAAUGCCCCAGACACUCUUCGCCAUCCCAAACGUGGAAAGAGAUACACGGCUAUGGAGUAUGUCCAGCAGUGGUAGUGAAGAGAGGACCCAGCCUCAUACUGUUGUUCAUCAGGAGAUGAGAACCAAUCAGUAAUCAACGAAGUUGGCAUCUAAAACUUUCCCUUAACAAAUCUUUUCCCCAACACUGAGGAUAACACCACGCAUCAAUAAAGAAAUUGUUCUUGGAAUGACAAA